AUGGAUAUCACCCAUCCACAGACCAGCAUGCAGAGCCUUUGGCAGCUGAAGCGCCGGGAAGAAGAGGACGGGGGAGAUGGCGACGGCGGAGGAAAAUGGGCCGGGAGGCUACUCCGCGAGAGCGCCGCCGCCAUCUCCGAGAAGGACUCCGGCAGGAUCCACCACUUGCUGUGGAUGGUCAACGAGCUCGCCUCACCAUAUGGAGACAGAGAGCAGAAGCUGGCGGCGUACUUCCUCCAGGCUCUCUUCUGCCGCGCCACCGACUCCGGCGGUCGCUGCCUCCGCACGUUGACCGCCGCCGCCGACCGGAUGCGCUCCUUCGAGUCAACCAGGAGGGUCAUGCUCCGGUUCCAGGAGUUGACUCCCUGGUCGACCUUCGGGCACGUGGCGUCCAAUGGAGCCAUCCUGGAGGCGAUGGACGGCGAGACCAGGCUCCACGUCGUUGACCUCAGCUGCACCUACUGCACCCAGUGGCCUACUCUCCUGGAGACCCUCGCCUCCCGCAGUGACCAGCCCCCGCACCUCCGCCUCACCGUGGUCAACCCCUCCGACGGCGGCGGCGUCGGAGGGGUUGACCCCGUGGUCUCGGAGAUCGGGCGGCGGAUGGAGAAGUUCGCCCGCCUGAUGGGCGUCCCCUUCGAAUUCCACGUGGCAGCGGGGUUGCACCAGCUGCGCCUCCGCGACGGCGAGGCGGUGGCGGUCAACUGCAUGGGCGCCCUCCGACGAGUCGUCGUUGAUCAGCGGGAGGCCUUCCAGGGCCUGCUCCGAGACCUGCACCCCAAAGUCGUCACCGUCGUCGAAGAAGAAGCUGACUUUUCCUCCACCAGAGACGACUUCCUCAGGUGCUUCGACGAGUGCUGGAGAUUCUACUCCCUCUUCUUCGAGAUCUUGGAGGAGAGCUUCCCGCCGACCAGCCAGGAGCGGCUGCUGCUAGAGAGAGAGUGCUCGAAGGGGAUUGUCGGGGCUCUGGCCGGCGGCGACGGUGGCGGCGGCCGGAGGGAGACGGCGGCGCUGUGGUGCGAGAGGCUGCGGAAGGGCUUCUCGCCGGUGGGUUUCAGCGGCGACGUGCUCGACGACGUGGGGGGCCUGCUGAAGAGGUACCCUGCCGGCUGGUCGAUCUCACCGGCGGCGGGAGCGGCGGCGGCGGCGCCGGGGCUCUUCCUCGCUUGGAAGGGCCACCCCGUCGUGUGGGCUUCCGCAUGGAGGCCGUAG